UAGACGAAACAAGAGGAACAGAUAGCAGAAACAAGAAGUAGAGAAAUGGCUAUGGCUAUUGCUUCUUUCCGCAUUGUAUUUCGUCACAUGUUACACGCCAACAACACCUAUAACUGCUUCUUCACUCUCCCACCCCGACCCACGUGUUUUCUUAUAAAUCGUCGCGCCACGUGGCGGCAGUGUCUUAUUUCUUCUCGUGCAAGUUCAACUAAUAACUACAGUUACAAAGUUGUUGUGAAGAAAGACGAGCGAGUUGAGAAUGAAAACACUGAUGUUGUAAACUCGACAACAAUUGCAGCCAUUGUAACAUCGUUAGGUGGUCCCCCUGCUGCCGUCGGAAUCGUUCGCCUUUCGGGUCCUAGCGCGGUGUCUAUUGCGUGUCGGGUAUUUCGACCCGCGAAGAACAUGUGGCAGCCUACUAGUCAUGUUGUUGAAUACGGCGUCGUAUUGGAUUCCGAUGGAAAUGUCAUCGAUGAGGUUUUGGCGGUUCCCAUGCUUGCACCGAGAUCGUAUACUCGUGAAGAUGUGGUUGAACUUCAAUGUCAUGGGAAUGAAGUGUGUUUGCGUCGUGUGCUUAGAACUUGUUUGGAAGCUGGAGCAACACUUGCUCAACCAGGAGAGUUUACUCUGCGUGCUUUUUUAAACGGUCGUUUGGAUCUUACCCAAGCUGAAAAUGUUGCAAGACUGAUCGCGGCCAAUUCCGUGGCUGCCGCCGAUGCAGCACUGGAAGGAAUUCAGGGUGGUUUCUCUUCUCUUGUUAGAUCAUUGAGAAAUAUGUGCAUUGAGUUGCUCACUGAGAUUGAAGCUCGUUUGGAUUUUGAUGAUGAGAUGCCACCUAUAGAUUUGAAUGUGAUUAUGGAUAAAAUCCACCAUAUGUCACAAGAUGUUGAGAAUGCAUUGGAAACGGCAAAUUACGACAAGCUUCUGCAAUCUGGAUUACAGAUAGCAAUUGUUGGCCGUCCUAAUGUCGGCAAGUCAAGCCUUCUGAAUGCAUGGAGCAAAAGUGAGAGAGCAAUAGUUACUGAAAUUGCUGGAACCACUCGAGAUGUGAUCGAAGCAAGUAUCAGCAUCAAUGGCAUCCCCAUAACCCUUCUUGAUACUGCAGGCAUCAGGGACACUGAUGACAUUGUGGAAAAAAUUGGUGUAGAGCGAUCUGAAGCUGUUGCUAGAGGGGCUGAUUUAAUUAUCAUGACUGUGAGUGCUGUUGAAGGGUGGACUUCUGAAGACACCAAACUUCUUGAAAAGAUUCAAUCUGCAAAGGAAUCAACUGGAUCUUCCACCCCAGUAAUCCUUGUGGUCAACAAGAUAGACUGCAAGCCUUAUGCUGAGACUGAAUGGGACAAAAGAUGUCACAGUCACAAAAUUUUCAGCAAACAAGUGUUUACAUGUGCUGUAACCGGUCAAGGAUUACAAGAUUUAGAGAGGGAAGUUUUAGAGCUUGUAGGCAUGGAUGGCAUUGCUGCUGGGGGUCGCAAAUGGACCAUCAAUCAGAGACAAUGUGAACAACUUGUUCGGACGAAGGAAGCACUUAUGAGAUUACAAUCAUCAAUAAUGGAAGAACUACCUCUGGAUUUUUGGACAAUUGAUUUGAGAGAUGCUGCAUUGUCCCUUGGACAAAUAAAUGGAGAAGAUAUAUCAGAGGAGGUUUUAACUAAUAUAUUUGCCAAGUUCUGUAUUGGUAAAUAAUAAACAGUUUGCUCUCUACAAUCAUAUAAACUCUAUCUGUAUCUGGCUCUGGGCCAGUACACCUGCCUCUCCAUGGAUUUAAUAUUUUAAAGCCGUGGGGAUCAGUUUUGUUGUAUAAUUAAUUAAUAAUUAUUUAUUGUGCUGUUCUCACA